AUGUGGCGGCUGUGCGCGGAAGAGAUGGCGCAUCUGAAAGCGCUGCUGCUGGGCGACGGCGGCGGCGGAACGCAAAGCGCGCCGCUGGAGCAGCGCGCCGAGCACGAUGGCUCGCAGGGGACCGAUUCGCGCAGCAACGGCGGCCCGCACACCCCCCACAUGGCUGGGCUGUUCUCAGGAGCCGCUACGGUUCAGGAAAACCUGGACCAGACAUCCGCACUACAAGCUACCCCACUGCAGCAGCAGCAGGAGGAAGGGCAAGGGCCUCCUCAGGCGAACGACCCCUAUCGGUUGUACCUGCUGGCAGAGAUCCGGAAAGCGCGCGCGGCCAUGCUUUCUCGUGGUGCUACUACGGAUCCUCUCGGGCACCUGCAACAGCAACGCACGGGAUCACCCGCUGAUCCAACGGCCAACUUCAAUCGCCCUGGGGCUGCGGCCCCUGAAAAGGUUAAGGAUACCACGGCGGGGGACACAGCGCGCUUCCACGUGGGAGGCGGAGGCGGGGGCGGGCGGAGCGCGAUGGUUGUAUCCGCGAUGCUGACGCCCCUGGGAAUCGUCGCGCUCUCACCGCAAGCACGCGCCAAUGCCGCUGUCCGUCCGCCAGAAUCUCGCUUGAGGAGCGUUGGGAUGAGCGAGGAGGUGGCGGCGAGGGUAGCAACGGAAGUGGCGAGGGGAGCGACGAAAACGGCGAGGGAAGCCGAGGAGCGUGAACUGCGGGAGAUUUGCAGUGCGCUGUUCUCCGCGGGAGCGCGGGAAGCGGAUUUGUUCUUACAGGGUGCGCUGGAUGGGGCUGGUGGGAAGGGCGUGGUCGGCAGCAGCUCAGGCUGGAACACGUCAAGGGACGCCGCACUCCCGCCGCAGCACGCAACUCCGCAGCACAAGCUUCUCCGCGACCAAGGCCCACUGCAGAAGACGAUGACCACCGAGCAGGAGAUAAUCAAGACGAUGCCAUUCCAAGACGUGUUAGCGGCAGCGGCAACUCAAGCAACGGCUCUGGAGGCCCCGCAAGGUGCGGCGCUGACCCCGCAGGAGAUGAUGCUGUUACGAGACGUGCUGGCAGCACCACCUCAAGGUCACGAGGCUGCGAGGUGGAUAGCUGAGAAAUCACCCCUCGCCACGCAGCCGUCGAUGGUCAACGCGGAAUCCUCAAUGGAAGGAUACAAGCGGCAGCCGCAGCGCAGCUGCGGCAUGGCAUGGGAGCGAGAUUUUUUUACGGGAAACACAGGGAAUGCGGAGCGAGGCGCCGUCCAUCACACCGUCGCGCAGCUUGGAGCCGUGGUGGCUGGGUCGUCUGGCUACGGACUCGCAGCAGCCGCGGAAACUGCAGCAGCAGGCGCAGCUGCCGCAGCAGCAGGCACUCAGCUCUCCUUCAACCCAUAUAGCAGCAGCAGAGGUGGCGGCGUUGCUGGUGGCGUUGCUGCUAGAGCCUCGGCACGGUGGCCUCGUACCACUGCAGUUGGCGCGAGCGGUCCCACCGUGACCGCCGUUGGUGUUUCUAGUGUCGGUGCUGCUUGUAUCGGUGCGAGUGGGGGCAGCGCUGCAGCGCUGCUCCCUGAGAUGCGGCCUAAGAUGGACGCGUCGCUACCGUCGCCCGCCACUGUCGACCGUGCAAGUGUCGAGUCUUGCAGAGUGCCGGUACCCGUGCCGGCAGUAACCUCUGCGCUAGAGGAACAGAACAUGCCAUACUACCGUCCUGAUUCGUCACAGGAAUUUGGGGGGGGACGGGGAAUCAGUGAGGCAGGGGCCGUGCCGCUCUGGGCAGGAGCGCAGGCAGUGUGGAACUCGAGGGAAAUGGAUCCAAUUCGCUCUCAAGGCUUUCCUGGAUUCCCUCCCCCGCCGGCCGCGCCGGCGUGGGAUGGGUUGCGCUGUCUGGUGUGCGGUACGGCGCUAAGCGUGGAGAAUACGAAGGCGGCCAGAGAGUUAGCCAACCACGUGAGGCCUCAGAAGGAUCCGGGGAUUGGAUUGCGCGUCCACGGGUGUAACACCUGCCUUAGACUGCUGGUUCCCUCGUACUUUCGGAGGUUGGAGACGGAAAAGGCUCAGGACUCAGUUACUGAUGUUGGUUCGCGAAGAGUCCAAGGAAGCGGUAAUGGGACGGGAGAUGCGAAUGAUGGAGACGCUGCUGUCGGAGAGACGCGAGAGGACCUGCACCAGGAGGCUGUUGGAGCCGCAGCAGAGGAGGCUACACAGUGGAAGGAAGCGGUGAGAGCACGAAAUAGAGGCAACCCGCAGCAUGAGGAUACGCAACACAGACGCGACGUGCAGUCAUCACAAAUGGAAAAUGUUUCAGAAAUUGGAGACGAUUGGAACAUUGCGCCUCGGUGUCCCCAUUCUCACUCUCUGAAAUGCGACGUGCAUGCGACUCGGCUUAGCGACGGAAAAUGUGAAAACGCGCAAGGGCAUUCGCUGUUGUCGCCUGCUUCUGGACUUCGUCGUCUGCGAGAGUCGCCUGAUACAGUGAGGUCACAGGACGCUGAGGAGGUUGCUUGGUCAGAAUUGAAACGACAGCGUACACAGUGA